CUGAGCCGAACAAGCUGGCUCACUGAAAAGAGCCGGAGUACCCAUCACUAUCAUGCGCCUCUGUCGUCACCGACUACGUACAUUUCCCAGCAUUCCGUUCCGACUUCCUUUUCCUCCAUUUUUCUUACAGUGCAGGUUUUUCCGUGCCUGGGAAUAGACUCAAGAUGCCAGGAAGACUGUGGAGCAAGGCCAUCUUUGCCGGGUAUAAGCGCGGCCUAAGGAACCAGCGGGAGCACACCGCCCUGCUGAAGGUGGAGGGAGUGUACACACGGGAGGAGGUUGACUUCUACCUAGGCAAGCGCUGUGCUUACGUCUACAAGGCUAAGAAGAACACAGUGACUCCUGGUGGCAAGCCCAACAAGACGCGGGUAAUCUGGGGCAAAGUCAUGCGUGCUCAUGGCAACAGUGGAAUGGUGCGGGCCAAGUUCAGCAGUAACCUCCCAGCAAAAGCCAUGGGACACAGAGUCAGAGUGAUGCUGUACCCAUCUCGUGUGUAAUGUGCUGUUUUUGUGUACAUACAAUAAACAAGUCAGGUCCACAA